AUGGCCACCGCAGCAGUACAAACUCCAUCACACAAUCGAGUCGAGCCAGGUUCAAGCCAGCUGCAGCCCGCUUCUUACCCAGAGGUAGUCCCUCCUUCUGACAUUAAUGUCAAGGAGAUUACCAAGCAAUGGAUUGACCGCUUGAAUGAGACCUUAUCCGGUAGUGACUGGGAUACGAUCACCCAGCUGUUUCUUCCGGAGGCAUGUUGGCGCGACCAACUUGCGCUUUCAUGGGACUAUCACACCCUAGAUGGCCCCGACAAGAUAGCCUCUUUCCUGCGUUCCUCGCCCAAGGGCAGUCGUAUCAAGUCUAUUUCAAUUGACACCAGCAAUCCCAAGGUUGAGCCUCACAUUACAGCGGCAGACUAUCAUGGUCAAGUCAAGGGAAUUGGUGCAUUUCUGACCAUCGAAACGGAUGUUGGAAAAGGUAGAGGUCUAGUCAGGCUCCUACAAGAUCCCAGUGCCAAAUGGAAAGCAUUCACAAUCAUUACGGGUCAUGAGGAGACUGUGGGACACAACAGACCGCAGGGUGUCGACCACGGAGGACAUCCAGGGCGAAAGAAUUGGCUCGAGAGAAGGACAGCUAAGGAAAACUUUGAGGGAAACCUGGAGCCUACAGUGCUCAUACUAGGCGCCGGCCAAGGUGGUCUGACGAUUGCCGCAAGACUGCAACAAUUGAGUGUACCGUCGUUGAUCAUUGACCUAAACCCUCGAGUGGGUGAUAAUUGGCGCAACAGAUACCAUCAACUUGUGCUCCAUGAUCCGGUCUGGUACGAUCAUCUUCCAUAUAUACCAUUUCCGUCACAUUGGCCUGUAUUCACGCCGAAAGACAAGCUUGCGGAAUGGUUCGAGAGCUAUGCGAAACUCCUUGAACUCAAUGUAUGGAAUCAGACAAAGCUCACAAGCGCAAGCUGGGAUGGCCAGAAACGCCAAUGGACCGUGGAACUGGAGCGAAAGAAACCGGAUGGAUCGAUUGACCAUAGGACACUUCAUCCUCGACAUGUAGUCCAAGCAACUGGCCACAGCGGCGAAAUGUCCAUGCCUCAAAUCAAAGGCAUAGAUAUCUUCAAGGGAGAUAGUCUGUUUCAUUCGAGUCAAUUCAAGGGUGCGAAAGAAAAUGGACAGGGCAAGAAAGCAGUCGUUGUUGGCUGCUGUAACUCCGGUCACGACAUAGCGCAGGACUACUUUGAGCAUGGCUAUGAUGUAACGAUGGUACAGCGCUCUUCAACCUACGUUAUGUCAUCCAAGGCCGGCCUGGAUGUCUUGCUUGCUGGAAUAUACGUAGAGGAUGGACCGGACACAGAGGAUGCGGAUUUGAUGUUUAUGAGUAUCCCGAAUCGCAUGCUCAAGAGACUCCAUGUUGACGCCACCAAAGAGAUUGCCAAGAGGGAUGAAGAGCUGCUGAAAGGCCUUGAGAAAGCCGGGUUCAAGCUUGAUCACGGUCCCGACGAUGCAGGCUUCUUCAUGAAGUAUUUUCAACGAGGAGGUGGAUACUACAUCGACGUGGGUUGUAGCCAACUGAUAAUUGAUGGCAAGAUCAAAGUCAAACAAGGCCAAGAAAUCACAGAAGUCAAGGAACAUGGGCUGGCUUUCGGCGAUGGCACGGAGCUGGAGGCUGACGAGAUAGUUUUUGCUACAGGGUACCAAAACAUGCGCGGCACAGCCCGCAAGAUCUUUGGAGAUCAGAUUGCGGAACAAGUGAAAGAUGUUUGGGGAUUUGACGAGGAAGGAGAGUUGCGGACGAUGUGGAGAAGGACCGGACAUCCUGGCUUUUGGUUUUUCGGUGGUAAUCUGGCUCUUUGCCGCUAUUUCUCACGCAUGCUAGCACUACAGAUCAAAGCUUUGGAGGAAGGUAUCAUGAAGUAUGAAGAUCCGUGA